AUGUUUCCUCUGCUGAGUGUAGAUGUGCGAGAAAGUGAAGGGCAGAGUAACCAGACUGUCGAUCAGAAUACCAAGCAGAGAGAGAAGAAGACUCUACAGAUGGUCGAUACCAAGAACGAGGGCAGCAAGCUUGCUGGCCCUGCUGGCCAAGUUGCCCGCUCUCCCACCGCACAGCAACAACAGCAGCAGCACGAGAAACCUCGUCGCGUCAUCAAGCCUUGUAAUCAGCACGCGAGCUCCGUCGAGACCGCGGACGAUGAUGAGUAUGACGACUGCUAG